AGCCUGCGGAAGUCCUGACUGGAAGGUCUUUUUGUUUGGGCCGCAGAGACUCGCGACACUCUGUUCGAUUCCUCUGGUUCAUAACUGUUUUUUAUCUGCAUUCAUUUCGGUGUCUUUUAUGAAUAAUCAAAAGCAGCAAAAGCCGACGCUAACAGGCCAGCGUUUCAAAACGAGGAAAAGAGAUGAAAAGGAGAGGUUUGACCCUACUCAGUUUCAAGAAAGUAUCGUACAAGGCUUGAAUCAAACUGGCACUGACUUGGAGGCGGUUGCGAAGUUCCUUGAUGCCUCUGGCGCCAAGCUUGACUACCGCCGCUAUGCAGAGACACUCUUUGACAUCCUGGUGGCCGGUGGAAUGCUGGCUCCAGGUGGAACUCUCUCUGAUGACAUGACCCGCACAGAGUUUUGCCUCUUUACGGCACAAGAAGACCUGGAGACCAUGCAAGCAUAUGCUCAGGUUUUUAACAAGCUGAUCAGGCGUUACAAAUACCUGGAGAAGGGAUUCGAGGAGGAGAUCAAGAAGUUGCUGCUGUUUCUAAAAGGGUUCACUGAGUCUGAGCGGAACAAGCUGGCCAUGCUUACCGGUAUUCUGUUGGCCAACGGAAACAUAUCGGCCUCCAUCCUCAGCAGCCUCUUCAAUGAGAAUCUUGUCAAGGAGGGAGUGUCUGCAGCUUUUGCCGUCAAGCUGUUCAAGUCUUGGAUCAAUGAGAAAGACAUCAACUCGGUUGCCGGCAGUCUCCGUAAAGUGGGCAUGGACAACCGGCUGAUGGAACUCUUUCCUGCCAACAAGCGGAGCUGUGAGCAUUUUUCUAAGUACUUCACUGACGCCGGGCUGAAGGAGCUGUCAGACUUCGCCCGCAACCAGCAGUCCAUCGGUGCCCGCAAAGAGCUGCAAAAGGAGCUCCAGGAGCAGAUGUCCCGCGGAGACCCACUCAAGGAGAUCAUCGCCUUUACCAGGGAGGAGAUGAAAAAGGCCAAUCUCUCUGAGCAGACCAUGAUUGGCAUCAUCUGGACCUGCGUGAUGAGCUCUGUGGAGUGGAACAAGAAGGAAGAGCUGGUGACCGAACAAGCCAUCAAACACUUGAAGCAAUACAGCCCUCUGCUGAAAGCCUUCACCUCCCAGGGUCUGUCUGAGCUCAGCCUGCUGCUGAAGAUCCAGGAGUACUGCUAUGACAACAUCCACUUCAUGAAGGCCUUUCAGAAGAUUGUGGUGCUCCUCUAUAAAGCGGAUGUGUUGAGCGAAGAGGCCAUACUGAAGUGGUACUCUGAGGCCCACCUUGCCAAGGGGAAGAGCGUUUUUCUUGAGCAGAUGAAAAAGUUUGUCGAGUGGCUGAAGAACGCAGAGGAAGAGUCUGAAUCGGACGAAGAAGAGGCAGACUGAAAAACUCAUAUUGCCAGAUGAGCGCUCCCCAGACAUCCCCCCCCCCCCCCCCCCUUUUUUUUUUUUUCUUUUCUUUUUUUGUCUUUAAACGGGAGCAGUACAAUGUUAUUGCCCUUCUGGCUUCUCUACCUCCUGGUAGUCUCCCACACGACCUACACAGGUUAUAUUAGAACUUUUUUUUUUAAGGGAAGGGUCCUCCUUUUGCAACUGUCGCUGUCAUCUUCAGGUCUUGCUCUCGUAGCGAGCGCCCUCUAAUUUGGACACCAAACAUUCCGUGUGAUCUUGUGGCCUCUGCUGGCUCCAGUCCCGCACCAGGAGUUCGCAACAAUUCACAAGACCACCAGGCCAACAAUGAUUUUAUUUUUUUUUGCCAAAGUUCCCUCACACCCCUCUUGUUAAGUUAACUUGGCCCAGCUCAUUUUGACUCCUGCUCAUUCAAGCUCCGCCUUCCUUCUUUUUGACUUGGGAGAACCUGUCUUGCGUGUGUGGUUAGCCCUUUGAAAGACACGCCCCCCGCCCCCCCAUAUAAUGCCUCGCCAGUGAACAGAUUAUUGGUUUCUACUUUCUUUAAUCUGAUGUAAACCAAUUGACUUUUUUAUGGAAUAAAGAGUAUUGAAAUGUU